GGGUAGCGUCCAGGGAGACCACUCCAUGGUGCUUCGUGGCUGUUUCCACUCUCCCUUCCUACUCCCUGAGAAAAUAUCCUUCCAGAACCAAUCUCAAGCAAGAUCUAUAAUUCCUGAGCUUCAACUGCCGAUUUUUUGUAUAUUGAUAUGUUUUGAGACAGAAUCUCUGUACAGUACAGAUGGGGCCCGAACGCUCGAUCUUAGACUAUAAGGACAUGAAGGACAGUAGUCGUUCCAAAAGCCCCCAGUCACUGCACAAGGUCUGGCAGUCAGGAAUGAGGCUCGGCCCCUUUAAGUCCCAACUGGGAACGCCUCGGGCUAGCCGCACGGUUCCGGGAUCUGUUAACUGGGAAAGCCAGUGCUGCAGCGACCUCCAAGCUCCUGUCCUCGAGGUGCCCCGCCCUACGCGCCUUGCCGGUUGCUUCCUGGAGCUGCAGGGCCCACGGAAAAUGAGCCGCAUCUACCACGACAGCGCCCUCCGCAACAAGGCGGUGCAGAGCGCGCGCCUGCCGGGGACCUGGGACCCCGCCGCCCACCAAGGGGGAAAUGGCGUCUUGCUGGAGGGAGAGCUCGUGGAUGUAUCUCGGCACAGCAUCUUGGAUGCCCAGGGCAGGAAGGAGCGCUAUUAUGUUCUGUAUAUCCGGCCCAGUCGUAUCCACCGGCGGAAGUUUGACCCCAAGGGAAAUGAAAUUGAGCCCAACUUCAGUGCCACCAGGAAGGUGAACACAGGCUUCCUCAUGUCAUCUUACAAGAUGGAAGCCAAGGGCGACUCAGACCGGCUCACCCUGGAGAUGCUGAAGGGCCUGGUAAACAAGCCGGAGCUGCUGGAGUUGACAGAGAGCCUCACCCCAGACCAGACAGUGGCAUUUUGGAUGCCCGAGUCAGAGAUGGAGGUCAUGGAACUCGAACUGGGGACUGGAGUGCGGUUAAAGACUCGGGGUGACGGCCCCUUCAUAGAUUCCUUAGCCAAACUGGAACUGGGGACAGUGACCAAGUGUAAUUUUGCUGGUGAUGGAAAGACGGGAGCAUCCUGGACAGACAAUAUCAUGGCCCAGAAGUCUUCAGAGAGGAACACGGAGGAGAUCCGAGAGCAAGGAGACGGGGCGGAGGAUGAGGAAUGGGAUGACUGAGGUGCCUCCCCCCCACCAGCAUCUGGGAUGGUGUCUCGGAGAAGUGGCCACACCAACUUCUACCUUGGAGAGAUCAGUCUGUCAAGAUGAAUACCAUUCAACACACUGAUGAAAUCAAAUCCAAGACCUCAAUACUCACCAAGGGCCUCGAGGCCACAACUUUUGUAUGUCUGUGUCUCUUUGGAUGCAAGGCUGGCUUUCCUAGACCCAUCUCCAGUAUUCCUUUCCAGAGGUGGUGGACAUGUACUGGUACGUGUACUCCAAGGUACACGAUUGACAAAGGCUCCUUGUCUGAGUCCAGAAGGGCUCUGGGGGUAAGAGAGUUGACGCCUUCCA